UAGAUAUUUAUGUUUUUUCAUAUCCAUAUGGCUAAGAUCUUAAAAUGAAGAGAAGGACGUAUUAUUCGAAGCCACGUCGUAAAAAGAAAAAGCGAGUAUUUGAUGCUAAUGAGUAUGCAAUCAAGAAGACCGUGGCGCAAGGGAUGCUCGACAUUGCCCUGUUGGCAUCCAACGCAUCACAACUGAAAUAUGUUCUCCAAUUCGGACCUAUUCACGAAUUCUAUACAUUGCUGAUUGCGUUGAUCACUAUAUCCAUAAUAUUACAGCUCGUUCUGGGCAUGCUGUGCGUGAUAGUCGGCAGUUUGGACGUCAACCGGAACGAGAAUCAACAACCGGCGAGGUUUUACAACAAUAUAAUAGUGUUGUUAAUAUUCAUUAUAUCUAUUAUUAACAUCGUUAUAUCGGCGUUUUCGAUUAAACAUACCACAGGACCUUUGAUUAUGAUGCGGCUUGAAUAUUUACAUAAAAGCGGCAGGGGUGGUUCGGCAUGGAGGCAACGGAAUAGUAAUUAAUAGUAUUUUGUUCAGUCUAAAAAACCUGAUUUAAAUAACAGUUUUCGAUCACGUUUAAUUCUUUAUACUUACUCGUAUAUUUAAAUACGACUACAUAGGUAUAUUUGCAGAUAUUUUUGUAAUGUUGAAAUACAUUAAUGUAAUAUUUAUGGAUCGAUUGCACUAGUGUAUAAUAAUAAACAACUUUAACAUCAUUUUUAUGUAUUUAUGUACAAAUGGGCCGGUAUAACUGUUUAUUGACGAGGGAUGAUUGCCAUUCCCCAG